GUUAAAGAAGUGCACUUCUCCCUCCAAAACUUUGCAAACACGCCGUCCUCUUCAUUUAUUAUCAUUUUUCAUUGUUUUCGUUUGGUUUAGGGUUUCAUUUUUCUGUUUAGUACGGGAUGGGGAGGUAUCGGAGCCGGAGCAAAAGCUACAGUCCUCGUCGUCGUAGCCGGAGUCCCACUCGUGGAAGGAAGAGGUACGACGAUGAACCUCGCGAUCGCCAGCGAUCUCACCGUGACCACCGUCGCCGCUCCCCACUCCCUUCUGGUUUGCUCAUUCGCAAUCUCCCUCUCGACGCUAGGCCUGAAGAUCUUAGGGUUCCCUUUGAACGGUAUGGUCCGGUGAAGGACGUUUAUCUGCCAAAAAACUAUUAUACAGGGGAACCACGGGGCUUUGGUUUUGUGAAGUUUCGGUAUGGUGAAGAUGCGGCUGAAGCAAAACAACGAAUGAACCAUCAAGUUAUUGGUGGACGUGAGAUAAGAAUUGUUUUUGCUGAGGAGAAUAGAAAGACUCCCCAAGAAAUGCGUAUGACUGCCCGUGUAAGUGGUCGAGAUAGGGGAAGCAGGAGAACACCGCCUAGGUCCCCAAGACGCCGAUAUCGCUCUUACUCUCGCUCACCUUCACCUGCUGGGCAUGAUUCAAGAGACAGGGAUCAGAGGGGGAAAGACUAUCACCACUCCCCUAGGCGGUCUGGAUCAAUUUCUCAGGAUCGUGCCAUGAGAGAUGAUUAUCGCUCUCCCAGUCGGUCCAGAUCCAUGUCAAGGGAUCGUGGGGCAAAAGAUGAUUAUCGCUCUCCCAGGCGAUCUAGAUCUGUUUCUCGGUCUCUUUCUCCACGUUCUCCUCAUGGUGAUAGGGACAGGGAAUACAGAACCAAGCAGGGGUCCCCUAGUCCUAGGGAGAAUGGUCAGAGUCUACAAGAUGAGAGAGAUCAUGUGAGCAGCAGGUCAAAGAGCCCAAGGCGUGUCGGUCGCAGUCCUUCAAGGUCUCGUUCACGAUCUUUGAGUCCUCGCUAGCAGCUUUCCAAAUGAUGCUGCCUUCUCAUGGCUCUAUGCACGUGGUUACUGCUGGAAACUGUAAGUGUGUUUGUCCGGUGCUUUAUAUUUACGUACAAGUAGUACCAUGUGGUAGUGGUGGGUAGAUUAUGGACAUGUAUGGAGUCUAGCAGGUUUUUGAAGUGUCUGUUGAUAUGUUUCUGCAACUUGUUUUGAAUGAUUUUAGAGAUACAAUUUCAGACUGAUGUAGCAGUCUACUUUAAUCCUGAAAGGAUUUAUCUAAAUACUCUUUAGUA